AUGCUUUCCUCGCCACCGUCGCACGCGUCUCCCCCCUUCUCUGCGACCCGAUCACCAACCCUGUCCCCCUCCUCCUCAACCAGCAUUUCCCGCUCGACCUCCUUGAAUCGCAACCACCCCGGGGCGGUCAAUCGCUCCUCCUCAAUCGGGUCUCGACCCCGUCCGCCUGGUCCGAGUCCGUUCUCCUUACCGAGCGUGAUCAGUCCGAUGCCCGAACGGUAUGCCAGUGAUCCUUUGCCUGGUUGGGCAAGUAGGGACAAUAGUCCGAUGGUCUCGCCUAACAAUGAAGGGGCUGCUACGGGGGGCGGGGGAGGAACCUGGUCAGUUUCGGCGCCGUCGUACGGGAAGGUCGGAGCGAGCUGACACAAUGCAUGAUGCGCAUGACUGGGCUGGGUGCAGGCCUUACUCGACCGCCAACUCGUCCCAAUCAUCGGUCGCUUCCAAUGUCACGUCGGCUACUCAACGAACGAUCGAUCCUACGUUUGGCAUGUCCGCCGGCAACACCAGUCAGUCUUGAGCACCUGCGCCGCCUCGCCCGUCCCUUCUCGCCACGCGCGAGAGCUCGGCAAGGAGACGUGGUCGAUUGAACCACCGGCACGGCACGUCACUGGUAUCUUAUCAUUGGCUUUGAACUGCAGUCGAAAAACCUGACUACUCGGAAGCCAAGAUCGUUGUCGCCAUGGUCGGAUUACCCGCCAGGGGCAAGAGCUAUCUCAGCAACAAGCUGAUGCGAUACCUUCUCGUGCGUUGAAGCCUUCUUCCUACCCGGACGGAUGGCCCAUGCUGAUCGAAUGCUCCUGUAUUGUUCCCACUGGUAGUGGCUCGAAUAUGAGGUGAGUGUGUGGCCUAGGACUAGAUAUAGUGAUGCUUGUUCUGAUUAUUUGCUCUUGACCGCCUUACAGGUCAAAGUGAGUUGACGACCCCCCACUUGGUCCUUUGUGUGGACUACCAGUCUCUACAUAAAGCUGAACUCGUCCUGAUCCCACUCAACAGGUUUUCAAUGUCGGUCAACUACGAAGGAAAAAGUACCGAAAGAUGGCCGAAUCGACGGGCGAGAAGGCCGAUCAGUCCGCCAACUUUUUCGACGCUAACAACGCCGAUGCCUCCAAGGAACGUGAAGCCAUGGCCGCAGAAUGCUUGGAGGAUUUGAUCAGUUGGCUCAAGGCGGGAGGAAACGUCGGGAUUCACGGUCAGUCCGCGAAGAGAACGUACUCUCGGGGAAAUAUGUGAGUUACUCAUUCUCCCCCCACACUAGACGCGACGAACACGACCCGGAAACGGCGACAAGCACUCGUCGAUCGCAUCAAGCGAGAACCAGGCUUGACGCUCUUCUUUAUCGAGUCGAUCUGCACCGACCCAGCGACGAUCGAAGCCAACAUCGCCGUCAAGGUCGCUUCCGGCGAUCCCGACUAUGAUGGACAGGACAAAACCCAAGCCGAGGCGGACUUCCGAGCUCGUAUUCGGCACUACGAGGACAAGUACGAGCCACUGGACGAGACCUUGGACAAGGAGGUGACGUUCUGCAAGAUGGUCAAUGUGGGGCAGCAUGUGCGUACGAAUCGAGUCUUCAGAGUCCAAUGCCCAGCCGUGCCGACGAAUUCUUGCGUGUCAUAGGUGACGUGCAACCGAAUCGACGGGUAUCUCCAAUCGCGCAUCGCCUUUUAUCUCAUGAACCUGCACCUCACGCCAAGAUCAAUCUUCUUCACCCGACAUGGCGAAUCGCAGUACAACGUUGAUGGGCAAAUCGGUGGCGAUGCGCCGUUAUCGAAACAGGGCGAACAGUACAUGAGGGCCUUGCCGAGUUUGAUCAAGGAAAAGAUUGGCGAUAGGCCAUUAACGGUCAGUGGUUUAACCUUUUUUCAUCUCAGCCUGGGAGGUGCGGAGACUGGAAUUGUCCCCUCAUGUACAGGUAUGGACCUCAACGCUUCGACGUACGAUUCAAACCGCUUCUCUGCUGCCGUACGAGAAAUUGACCUGGAAGUCCCUGGACGAACUUGACGCCGGGGUCUGCGACGGUAUGACCUACGAAGAAAUUGAGGAGUACUACCCCGAGGACUACGCCGCCCGCGACGACGACAAGUUCAACUACCGUUACCGAGGGGGCGAGUCCUACCGUGACGUCGUGAUCCGUCUCGAACCCGUCAUCAUCGAACUCGAACGACAGGAAAACAUUCUCGUCGUUUGUCAUCAAGCCGUUCUGAGGUGCUUGUAUGCUUAUUUCCAUAAUCUGAGUCAGGAGGAAUUGCCCUACCUCAAGAUCCCGUUGCAUACGGUCAUCAAGUUGACGCCCAAGGCUUAUGGAUGUUUGGAAGAGAGGUUCGAGUUGCCCAUCGAAGCUGUGGAUACAAACAGGGUUAGGCCUCCGACGGCGAAGGUUCUGGAAGCGGUCAAGAGGGAUAGGAAUGAGGGGGUCAGUCCGUCGACGACCAGACCACCUUCCGCAAUCCCGCCAGAGUGGUCGACGUGA